CACUUCAAACCCAAACGAUGUGAACAGAAAAGUCGUGUUCAAUCCAUUAUUCACCCAUGAUCCUAGCAAAUCUUUGAAUUUCACAAAUUAUAUUGUUAAUUAUUAUCUCGUCAUCUGUCAAGUGAACAUUUAUUUUUUGCUCUCAUUCUGUAAAUUAUUACCUCUAAUAACUUCAGAAACCAUUAAAUAACCUAAGCGCUUGAUGAUUUCUGGUUUACUUGUUAAAUGAGACAACCAUCUUUAUUCAGCACUUGGAAACUUUAAAUAUACUCAAACAACACCUUUAUAUUCGUGAAAUAAUACUCUUAACGCUUGAAGUAAAGUUUUGAUAAUCUUCACUAUACAACACAAUAUCAAUCCAAUUCCAGUGACUUGUAGUUGAAUAAGUUUAACCACUUUUGAUAAUCUUUUAAAACUUCUGUAUUUCACCAUAGAAUACUACAUGUAAAAAUUACCUACAAAUACGAUUUUACAGCUUCAAAAAAUUAUAUUGUCGUAAAGACACGUUUUAUUGCUGGAACGCCUUCAUUCGUUUUUAGUAAUGGAAAUGUGUGCAGCUAUUUAAAUUAAAUCUUAUUGUCAACGUUUUCAAAUUAACAUGCCUUGGAUUUAGCUAGGGUAAUAAUUUUGUGGAGAACACUGGUUUUAAAAUCGAUUCAAGUCAGCAAAAAUUAAGAUAUAUCCGCAUAUUCUUUGUAAUAGAAAGAUUUAAGAGAAAUAACACUCCUUUUUCAGUGUGUACUGUGAAGAGAUUUCAACACCGCCAGUCACUUUAAUAAAGUCCAAGAGUUUUGAUAAGGAGCUUCCUACUAAUCUGUACCUAACCCGUGUACAGUGUCGUUCGAAGUAUUGCAUUGACGCUAGGAUAUCUUGGUUUAAAAACGAAGUUUGAUUUUGCCAAGUUACUCUGAAGGAAACCAUUUUGUUACAGAAAUUUUCGAAGUGUUUUGGACUUUUCUGCCAUAUCCUUAGAUGAAGCGUUGUGUGACGACUUCAUGAAACAUUUCAAACAGUGAACUGAGAGAUAACAUUUGUAUCUUUUGUUUUUUGUAAGAUCAAUAACUUAAUGAACUGAGACCUGUAGUCUUAUGAACACAAAGAUAACUUCAGAUAGAAUUCAAAAUCCGUUAUUCGUUAGUCAUCGAGUGAAACGCACUGCCAGCGCCAGUGAUAUUAACUUACUUAGUGACUGGCUACACGGAAGUAUCAUGCUUUUAUGUCAAACUAUCUAAAAAAUAAAACUUAUUGUGUCUCUGUAAUUAAAAACAAAGGUUGUGGAGAGAUUCUUGACCUCUAAGUCGAAGAGUUCGCAAUUACAACAAUGCUGAUUGGUUCUUACGCUGGUCAGACGUGCAAAAAUAAGCGCAAUGGCAUGGGAACAUAUCUCUAUAAAAAUGGAUACUACAAGUAUGAAGGUGAAUGGAUUAAUGGUAAAAGAUGUGGAACUGGAAGAUUUUCUAUGAAGGAUGGAAGUAUUUAUGAAGGCAGCUUUAUUGAUGGGGAGAUGUGUGGAAAUGGACGAAGAUUUUAUGCACUAUCAAAAAACGAAUAUAUCGGUCACUUUUUGUUCGGGGAACGUCAUGGGUAUGGUCUAAUGAAGUAUGGAGAUGGAUCCACGUACGAAGGAGAUUGGUAUCACAAUUUACAACAAGGUCAUGGAAAGUAUGUCGAUGUAGACAAGAAUAAAUAUGUCGGUGAGUUUUUUCAAAAUAAAAAAAAUGGACCAGGAUGUCUACAUUCACACAAACUUUCUUACAUAGGGUAUUGGAAAAAUAAUAUUUACGAUGGUAAUGGUAUCCUAAAGAUGAUAAACGGAAUGACAUAUGAAGGGGAAUUCAAAAAUGGUAAACCAAAUGGACAGGGUAAACUAACACGCAAAGCAAAUCUGUUACCUGAUUAUGAAGGUUUAUGGAAAGAUGGUCUACCCUGUCAAGUGGCAAAUCAUAUGAAGUUGUCAAUUGAAUUGGAAAAAGAGAAUUUAGGGUCCAAUUCAUCCUGUUUAGUUGAAUAUCGAAAUUCUCCAAUCAAAGAGAAAAGUUAUCAGUUUGCUUCAUCUUCAAGGAUGGAAAUUGUAUCAAAUGAAUUGGAGAUGAAAUUUAAUAUUGAUAUUUGCAUAUACAAUGAUAAUCGAAGGAUUUUAAUUGAAGAAAGUCAUCGACAACUUGCUUUAUGGAUAGGAAAAGUUUGUAAAGAUAAUAUGCAAAGGGAAUUUUCUGUUGAUCUUCAAAUUUCAGUGGAAACGCCACUCUUGUUAUUACUAAAGGAAAAAGGGAUUUAUACAAUGGAGACACCUUUCGGUUCAUACAUCUAUCCAGUUGGUUCAGUAAAGUUAAUUUCCAAUAAAACAGGAAUAGAUGAACAAAAUUCACCAGUUCAUUCAAUUGAUGAUAACAUCGAUCAUAUUAUAACUAAUUUUGAUUUAAACGAAGAAGAUAAAAGGAAUGUAAAUAAUCAACCGAGUAAUAGUAUUAUAGAAAAUGAAAAUCAACAAUUACUGAAUGAAGUAUUUGUAUACAAACAAUCUACUAAACGUGGUUUCAUUUCUUAUUCUAUCAUAAAAUCUCUCAUCAAUAAUCAAAAUAUAAAUGAAACAAUCCACGUAGAAGAAGAUGUUAAGAAGAUAUCAAUGAUAGAUGAUCAUGAAUAUUGUAUUGAUUUAUCAAAGAUUGAAAAAUCAGUUCAUUUAUUUGAAGAAUUUACAAAUUCAUCAUGCCUUAAUCAACUACAAUUUGGUGAACAAUUUAUUCUAGUCGUUGAAGAUAUAACACCACGGAAUGAAGAGGAGAAUGAAGAAUUUCAUGUGGAUACGAUUCCAGAUCAUAUUUUGAGAACACCAGAACGUCUUUCACCGUUAUUUAUCAAGUUAUGUUACAUUUCAAGGGAAUAAUUUAUUAAAUGAUUUUGAAAUUUAGGAAAACGUAUAACAUUCUAUUACAAUAUACAUAUGUGUUGUUAU